UUUAAUCAUAUCUACAUGUGAAAGCUAACUGGGAACAUUAAAAGGGAAAUAUAUAAGUAAAAUGGCAACAGAUAGAGUAAGCAGUGCAUUGGCUGUCCUGAGAACAGAACUGAAUGAGGUGAGAAGUCAGGAUGUCCAGUUAAUGAAGCAGUUACUUAAUCUCAAUAGCAGUAUCCAACAGCUGAUUAAGAAACAGAAAAAGAGCAAAUCUUCAAACAGAAAUCGAAAGGCUACAUUAAAGGAACUCAUGAGAUCAUCAACGAUGUCAAAAAUAAAUGAAGAUGCAGUUAUGUCUGAGAGUGAUGACGAUAGCUGUUCAAGUUCAGAUGAAGACGUGUUCAAAACAAACGUGAAAUUAUGGAAGUAUGCCAAAUCAGUGGACAGUAAAUAGACACACUUCAUUUACAAUUCAGAAUCUGAAAAUACAAAGAAUACAGGAUGUAGGAUACAUCCGAGUUCCGGGUAAACUUAAACGGAUUAGAAAACAUUCCAAAGAGACUAGGACAUUUGAGUCUAGAGUGAGAAUAUGUUAAACCGCAUGAGAUCCGCGUUCCUCUGAAUCUAAAAGAUUGGAGAUGUGUCAAGAAUUAUAAACGUGCAAUAUAAUGACUGUAUGGUGCUAUUCAAAGACCUGAAUCUUUUAACGGGAAAUAUGACUAGUUUUAUUUAUGACUAUUUAUGAGAUGGCGGUGCAGUCGUAGGCUUUCCUACCAAAGACAACUUAUUUAUUUACACAGUCAAAUGUAUUUGACUUACGUUAUUGUUUUUUACAAUUGUUAUGAUCAAUUAAAGAUUAAAUAAUUAUUAAUUUA